AUGAACCGCAUGCGCCUGUUUGAGCUGCUGCUCUUCAUCCUCAACCACACCUGCUCCGGUGCCGAUGCGCGCGCUCUUGAUGGUGUCCUGCAGGCCCACGUGUCCCCAUCCGACCAAUCAUCGCGCCCCAUGGUGCUCGCGCCCCUCGUGGGCAUCGUGGGCGGCCUCUUCUCGCACGCGCUGCGGGCCAAUGGCAGCGCGCCAGCUGGCAUGGUGCGGUCGGUGCUGCAGGCAGACCCCUCCCUGGACUGCCUGGCGGGGCUGGGUUACCUGUUGGGGUUCGACUGGGAGAGUGAGUUCAGCAGCCCUCCCUCAGCCUGCCUGGCUGAUCUGCGCCUCUUUGUGGAUCAGCUCCGGCAUGAGCAGGCUGCUCGCAAGGCUGCUGCGGCUGCUGCUGCUGCCGCCGCUUCAG